GCUCGACUGCGCGACAUUUUCCAGCGACCCGUUCCAGCUGCGUGUUGGCGUGAGCAGUCCACUCUCUCCACGCGGUGACUUGACGAAAGGUCAUGUGUUGAGCCGUGGUCUCUGGAGGAGGAACUACACGCACAGUGAGUGUUACAGUGACGGCCGCUACGACGACGACGACGACGACGACAGCAACCGUAGGCGAUAGUAGCGGGGAACGAUCGCCCCGAACCACCGGCAGCUACGGUGUAUCCGUACCGACGAAAACGGCGCUCAGCGGCAGCAACAUCAUCCUGCAACGGCGGCACCGACGAGGGCCCUCGCCGUCAACGAAAUCGGUCGAAAAUGUGAUAGACCCAUCCGUGGACGGACGGACCUCGAUCGGGCAGCAGAUAGCGAACUACUUUCUUCGCAUCCGGCGCAGCCGAUCGUCACACGCGGUCACCACACACGGCCAGCCGAACACGGACACCGCCGGUAGCCGCAACCGGACGAACAGCAGCAGCACCGCACACCGACCGACAGCGUACGGUCCGCUAGCAAGCUCGGCCAGCUGCAGCUUUGGCGCCGAAAGCCACGACGAACGGCUGCUGCACCAGUCGGCCAGCUCCGUGACGGUAAGCGUCGGCAACUCGUCCGCCAAUAUGGCCGCCACCGAUGGGCAGAUCAUUCUGGCCGCGUCCCGGUUCGCACCGGACACACCGCCGGUGUACCUGCGGGACUUUGCCAAGAGCGAACUGCCGGCGGUCGGGAAGAUCGUGAAGGGCCAGUACUACAGUUUGGGCGUACCGACGCUGUCCAACCCAUCGCUACAGAGCACGGCACUGUUUCUGAACGCGGGCCGCAAGUACCAGAUCCUGGCGCAACCGAUCAAGAUAAAGGAGGGCCGGAAGAACACAAACGUUGGCCCGAAGGUGCUCAUCCCCGAGACGUACCCCGGCUACUUUGAGCUGCUCAGUGAGGAUGGCCGCUCGACGCGCUGCAUCGAGAGCGUGCUGGAGCUGUCCCGGCGGCGUAACUUUCGCGUGCUGGUGCGCGAAACGGUGCGCUGCAACCACAACAGCAAGUCGCUGCAUGCGGGCGAAAUUCUCACCACGAUCUCAGACAAUGGCAAGUACCUGCAGUGCCGGACGUCCAAGGACGAGCUCGUCAGUUUGCCAUUAGAAGCCAAAGCGAAGUUCUCCCCGAUCGCUAAGGAGGACAGCAUCAGCGGUGUCCACACGGUGCGGAAUUUGCUGCAGAAGCGUAUGCCGGUGACGGUGCGGUUGGUGCACGGCGCCGCCCCCAAGGGACUGAAGCAACCGUUCGUGCCGGAGCUGCGGUUGCUUGGGUGCGUUGAGGUGGACCGGAUAUUUGCGCUGCCGUUGCAGAAAGACAUGGACCUGGUGUCGGUACCGCUCAACGCAAAGAUUAAGAUCCAGCGGGCGAAGAACAUGGAGCAGCUCGAUCACUUCAUCGAGUAUUCGCGGUUUCUGGAUAAGGCGCAACGGUUGCUGGUGGAUGCGCGCGAUCGUCUGCAGAUCAUCGAUCUGAAGCUGACGGACAAGGAGAAGAAGGACUCGGCGAAGGCGGUGGCGGCCGCACACAAAACGAUGGCCUCCACGCUGUCCGGGUUGACGGCAAACGGGUACGUGCUGAAGAAGAGCAACAGCUGUGAUUCGAACCGCUACUCACCGGAGAUCGCUGCCGGUAGUGGCGGUGGCAGCCAGAACGGUUCGAUCGCGGACGAGUACGACGAGAUCGAUCAGAUCUAUGAUUAUGUGCGCGGGUUGGCACCGCUACCGAAAAAUCUGUACAAGUUCGAAGCGAUCGAACCACCGCCGGGUGGCUCUUCACCGACGACGGGUGCCACCACGCCGCUCUCGAACGCGAUGAUCGGUCCGGCCACACAUCAGCACAGCCUCAAGACGGUGGAAAACAUGAAGACGGCCCAAUCGAACGCCCUCAACAACAACAACAACAAUAACAACAACAACCACUACGACACUAGCAACAACAAUUACUGCAACAUCAUCAAGUACUCGAACCACACGCAGCAGCAGCAGCUCCAGCAACAGCAGCCAGUCGGCAGCACGCACCAUCACCACCAUCACGGUCAUCAUCACCACAGCCAUCAGGGUGGGCAUCACCAUCAGCAUACCGCUUCGAACAGCCUCGAAUCGUCGUCCAAGCAUGCCAGUGCGGCCCUCAAUGCCAUCAACAACAAUCACCACAGUGCGGUGGGCACGGUGGACCACAAACCGAUCCCGCCCCCGAUCGAGACGAUCCCGGGCAAGAAGCUGCCCGAAAAGCGCCAACGGCCUACGCUUCCGAAGCUGUACUUCAAGAGCAGUAUUGGGCUGCAUCAGAAGAGCCCCACGCCGGGCACUACCGCCGUUAGUCCGCUGAGCAAUGGAGGCACCAAUGGAGGCGGUGGCGUAGUCCACCAUCCACCGAUCGCCAUCACACCGAAAGAGAUCGCUGUUGAGCCGCAGAGUCCGCUGUUUCACAUCCGGUAUAAAAGCUUAAGCAGCUUGCAGCUAGCCGCGACGACGCCACAGCAGGACUCGCAUCCAGUCACGCCGAUCUCACCCUCCCCGAAAGGUGCGGGGCAGGACAAAAACCAUCUGCUUUCCAAGUCAGCGAGCGCCGCUGCCGGUCCGGGUGCCCGCGAAGGGACGCUCGACUCAUCGCGCAGCGGUGGCCGAACGUCCGGCGACUCGGGGAAGCUGCCGGAGAAAAAGUCCCGCCGGCUUAGUAGACCGCGCAGCCUCUCGAACCUGGUGUGGGAUCUGCGCCCGCACAAGUCAUCGGCGGAGAAGUCCAAGAAGAAGCUUUACCUGCACCAGUUCGAUCGGCAACAGGGAACGCUCUAUCUGUAAAGGCCGUCAUCCAGAUUUCGUCAGUAGAAAUUUAGUCAACCGAAUGGGGGAGAAUGGGGUGGCCGAAUUUGAUAUGUUGUUGAGACGGUUUUUUGGCGCGAGCACGGGCGAUUCACAAACUGGGGGAUGUACUGAGAAAGGAAGGGCGAUAGUAGAAUGAAGCAGAGUGGAUUGUGUAUUGUACCACAUGCAGUGUGUCGUUUACUGUACGGAAGACGAAGGACGGGGGACUCAAAAGUCCCUUCUUUUAAAAGACUCCACUUCACCUUCUCUUUAUCUCUUUCUCACUAACCAUGUGAUCCAUGUUGUGUGUGUGUGUGUGUUGUGUAAUAGUAGCAGAUUAUAUAUAUAUAGAGAGAGAGACAGCCUCCCGCGUAGGAGUAGUAGCCGUAGCAGCAGUAGUAGCAGCAUCAGUAACUGUGUCCAGGCUUACGGGAAGACUCAGCUCAUUUGCUCGAUGUUUAGACAACCGUGCAGGGUUGGUAGAAAACGGCACUUCGGUAUGGCAAAUGAAUAUUACGGUCCCUUCACAUAAAUGCAGCGGCAGCAGCAGAACCGAAACAAGAAUGGCCAGCAUCUUUCUACCGCAAACGGUUCCUCGGGUGCGCGAUCAUGAUCCAGUAGUAGACCCAGACCCAGUAAGCCGAGUGGCUCGUCCGGACGAAGAAAGGCAUCCGGACUGGAAGGCUGGAAUUAGUGUUAGAUUGCGUUUGUUUGCUCGUUUUCCGGCUGUUGUCGUUUUAGUUUUCUUCACGUCCUUUUCUCUCUUUUUUUUUAUUUGCCAUCGUCGUCGCUAAAAGGCUGUGUGGUGUUGAGAAACGUUUCAGUUUACAAGUUUAACUAGAUUUAACGUGUUAGUGAUAGGGCUGUAGAGUAAACCGCAAUCCCAUUACAUACUUUCAGUAGUGAUUCGCUUCGCGGGGGACGGUUUAGUUAUGUGUCCCGUGUCCGGUAAACGGACCAAUUCCAAUGCACACAACCGCGAGCCGUGGCUCGCGCGUUCCAGUGUGACAGUGGCGGAAAGGAUCGAGUACAGGAUCACGCACAUCGCGUGUGAUCGAACGAACGAACGAACGAACGAACGAGUUGUCAUUGGAGAGCUCCGUGACAAGCAUGUGUGUAUGCAGUGUGCGUGUUUUUUUUAUAUUCUAUUAAUUAUCCAAAAAACUUCUCCUCUUACGUCUUAUACGGCGUAGUAUCGUGCGUGGGAACGGUGCAAGAUUUUCUGUUGAAAAAUCCAAGUUCGCUUGCUAUCGAGCAAAAGUGUGCGUCUUGGGCUGAUGGGAUAUCUGGAUAUCUCCAUCUGCAGCCCACCAAUACCCGCCAUGUUUGCGAGCAGAUGAAAUUUUUAUUUUUCAACGCUCCUCCACCAACAGAAGGGAACCAAAAUACCCCCCUGCCCAGAUGCACAAUCACGCGGUGACAAUCGCUGUCCACGCUUGUAGGGUGGUUGUUUUAUGUUCGGUUUAGUUUUUUUUUGUGCUUAAGAUUUAGCAUCCGGUUUACUGCCUCACUACUACGUUUUGCUAACUACUAAGAAUUGGAUCCUCGAUCGGGGUUGAGAAGAGCACCCGCACGCUACUGCUGUAAGCCGUGCCGUGUUAGUAUGCGCGCUAAGGAACAGUCAUUUUAGUUCUUAAUUUAAGUCACUAUCAAUUAAUCCCCUCGUUCUUUUUAAUAAACAAAAA